AUGAAGGAGGCAGAGGAGCCGUCGUCCUCAAGAGAGGAGGAGGAGCGGAUGAAGAAGGAGGAGGAGUCUGAAGGAAUCAGGGGAGUGGGACUCCGUGGUGGUGGUGGUGGUGGAAGAGGAGGCAGCUGUUGCUGCCGAGACCUAGGCUGCUGCAGCUGCGAGGCUGGGGCACUGGGAGGAGGCAGCAGAGGCAGUGGUGGUCGUGGUCUUGGGGGUGGAGGAACGAUCUGGGGGCGACUUUGGUAUCAGGGACCAAUUAAGCCUUACCAGCAGCGGCCACCACAGCGCCAGGGCAUUCUUAGCAGCCUUAUAGACUCUAUUAAGAAUCUUGUGCUAUGGUGGCUAUGGACAUACUUCAGUAAGAAUGAAGAUCCAUGUGUCUGCUCAACAGACACAAACGAGGUAGCACACCGGUCACAAAAUACAGAUGAUUGCGUCAUGUAUGUAGAGGAGGACAACUCUAGUAUCAGUGACAGCCAUAACGCUCCUGAGCCAGCAGUCGGUAAUACAGAAGCACCUUCAGCACCUAGUACUGCUUCCAAUGCACUCCCAAUUGGCAGUUGUGCAGAAAUGAGAGAUCCUCUCUCUCAGGGUUUCGACAUCUCAACCACUAGUUGUUCUUCCAGAGCCUCUGAUAGACACAGAGUAGUUUCACACAACACUCCAUUGCCACCUUGGGUGUCCGAGGCUGAACGUGCUCAUGCUGUCUCACGACAUAGCGCCACCACCACCCGAAAAACAGCACGCAACUUGUCUGGCUUUGGAAUCCUGUCACCCUCGCUUGCCAAUUUCUCAAAUCCUAAAACAAGUCAACUCAGAAAUUCUCCUGGAAAAAGACAUGGUGGGGCAGCAGCUGCUGUAAGGCUGACUCAACUACAAAAGACACCGUAUCAGGUGCCAGCCACAAAGAUGAAAGCCAAGCCACUCCAUGUGCAGCCUUAUAAUGUAACCAGUUUUACAGCUCGCAGGGCACUGCACUUUCUAGAGAUGUCAAAUUCUUUUUCAAAUGCGGAAAGAGUUCCCCAUGUUUUUUCCUCUCUGAAGUCUCUUGAUGGGAGUGGGACAGAUAUCACAGACAUGCAGGCCAAAAGAGCCCAGGGGAGCUCUCCAUAUCUCACUCUUCAGAGCCCCAAAACCCUGGAGCCGGUUUCCACAGAAACAAAAAACGCUGUUACUUUUAAACUACCUCUGACCCCAUCUAAUGAAUUAAGGGAGACUGGUCAAAGAGUAGGUAAAAAGGACAGUAGUGGAAAUGAAAACAAUGUGAUACCUGGACAAACUACACAACCAGAAAGUGGCUCUCCACAACCAAAUUUCAGUAUCCCUGCAGCAGAUGGCUCAUCUUCUGGAGGAGGUGGUACUGAUAAGAUGAGAGGAGCAGUUGCUUCUAAACCUCUAGAGGAGGAGGAAACAGAAAUACUAGUGUUGCCAAAAAUCUCUGCACCAAUCACCAGUCCUUCAGUGCCUACCGUCACUCUUAAUUCUGCUGAGACCACAACUUCUGCAUCAUUCAUGAGUUCUUCUCAGUCAUCAGCAAGCAAGGUACAAAGGACCUCUCCCAGCAGGACUGGCAGUCUGAUGUUUACCUUUUCACCUCCCAUUAUAAUAUCUACGGAGGCGGUUGUACUGCCUCCAUCAUUUACUCCAUUUACAUUAAGUGCGCCUAUAGACCUUUCUGGCUCUAGCAGGGCUUCAGAACCAGUUGUGAAGAGUUCAACUCAAAACAUCAUUGCAGUGAAGACAGCAAACUGUAAGAGGAAAAAUGAGGAUUUGGAGGACCUAUCACCUGCCAAACUCCUGAAAAAAGGAGGCGUCCUAGAUGUUUGGAAAAGCCCUGCAGCUCUCACAUGCCAAAAGGGAGAGUCUCUUGCUGCUCAGCCUACCACAGUGGGGCCAGUCAUUUAUACAAAAUCAGCAAGCAAUACCUUUUCUUCUAGUGGAAUCAGGUGUGAGACAUGUGCAAAAUCUCCAUCAUUCUGUAAGUGUGAUACAUGUCUCUUUCAAAACAAUGUAAAACUGCCACCUGGAGAGAGCGUUAAACAUGCUGAUGCCAGCAAACCUGGCAAAGCAACUCUGCCUGCAUCAGGGACAGGCUCUGGAGGCAAAUUUGAAUCAGCAACAGAAACUUGGGUUUGUGAUACCUGUUUAGUUCAAAAUAAACCUGAGGCAAGGAGAUGCGUGGCUUGUGAAACAUUCAAACUUUGAACUGCUGCUAUGAAUCCAGUCCUCAGGGGGACAGCAGUUUUAGAAACUGCAUUCACUAAGACUAAGUCAUCUUCCUGCAGCACCGUUAUCUCUGAUGCCUUAAGAUUGGGACAUAAAUUCAAAAGGCCUGUGGGAUCUUGGCUGUGCCCACUCUGCUGGGCUUCUAAUAAUGAAGAAGACAACAGAUUGUCCUAUACACUUGUGAAAUCAGCAAGCUCACUCCCUGCUUUUAGGAGCAGUGGGGUACCUGCCUCUCUGUUUUCUGGAGAGCCCCUAGGAUUGGCCAAGUCCAAAAGGCCUGAGGGGAAACGGGGCUGUGAAAUGUGCCUAGUGCAGAGUCAAGCAGACGCCGCCACAUGUAUAGCGUGUGACUUUCAAGGCCCAGGCACAUGUUCCUCGUCUCUGAAUCCAGCAGCCUCACCCUUCAAAUUUGGUGGCCCUUCAUUCUCUUCUGGGCCUUCUCACACCAUGACAAACACUGGAAAUUUUAAAGCUGGAGAUCAGAGAGGAUUCAAAGGAAGUGUAUCCUCUGACUCUGGGUCUAGACAGCCCAGGAGUGAAGGCUUUAAAAUUUCUAAACCCACCAGAGAUUCUACAUAUGGAGAUUCAACUGAUUCUAACCAUGAAGAAGUUAAACAACACAGUAAGAAUAGUAAUAAUUUUAAUUCUAGACUUUCUGCUGGGCAGCAGGGAAAGAAAGAGGAACAGCCAACACAGUGUAUUUUUGCUUCUAGAGCGCAAACCAGCAUCACAGCUGAUCGAGGUGCAGCAAAGCCUGUUUUCAGCUUCCUAAACAACAGUUCCUCUGGUUCAAGCACACCCGCCACUUCAGCUGCUGGUGGCCUACCUGGCAGUGUCAUCUACUCCACUGCACCCGUGGCCGCCCUGGGGUCUGGACAGGCCAGCAAGCCCAUGAGCAGCUCUCCUCUCCACCACCCUGCUCAAUCCAGUCUUUCUCAGUCUCUGCUGUUUGCUCAGGACAGAAAAUCAGCAGCCAUAUUCAGCUCAGCUAGAGCUGUCACCACCAGAAUAAAUACUGUAUCCAUUUAAAAGCUUG